AUGACAGCUUUCAUCGUUCAAUCCUGUUGCAGAAAUACCCACCCGCUACGUGCAGAGACCUUUAUGAGGCUACCUGAUCUGUCGCACUGGUCUGUUCGGCUUCUUUGUCUUGCUACACGUAGGCAUGCCUCGUCCCGUAACAUUGCCGUUAUUGGUGGCGGCAUCACUGGGCUUGCAACUACCUACUUUGCCGCUCAAAGGUUUCCAUCUGCAAGCAUCACACUUUUCGAAGCAUCUUCACGGCUUGGGGGCGCCAUCGAGUCUACUCGAGUGACUGCUCGCAUGCCGAAUGCGGACCAUGGUAUUCAAUUUCUCUGCGAAAGAGGGCCAAGAACUCUACGGGCCAAUGCUGACCGAGCGUCAGUGACAUAUGAGAUUAUAAACUCUCUUGGGUUAGCGUCCGAGGUACUCACUGUGCCCAGCAGUUCACGAGUUGCUGAAAAUCGUUACAUCAUGUAUCCGAGACAUCUUGUUGGCCUUCCAGCAUUCAACAGCUCAGUCAUCCGCCGAAACAUGGCCUCAGUACCAGCACCAUCAACACUUGGUCUUCGUCGAUUGGUUCGUUAUGCGUGGCUCAUCGCUACAGAGCCUCUGUUCUCCCAUUUGGUCUCCGGCGUGUUCCGUGACAUGAUGACCGCGCGGAGACCCCAAGGUCUUGACGAUGACUCAAUCGGGCAAUUUGUAACCCGCCGAUGGGGCCACCAUUUCACAAACAACUUCAUGUCGGCCAUCAUACAUGGAUUAUAUGCCGGGGAUAUCGAUAAUCUUAGCAUGAAGGCUUUGAUGCCUAGGAUGUGGAGGCUCGAAGAGCAAGCCGAACAGCGCAGAAAAGACCUCGGACCAUUGCUCGGUUUUGGUGGCGUGCUAAGAGCAAUGUUGGCGAAGGGCAAAACCCAAAAAGCUCGAUGUCAACCGAGAGGGGUGGAACGGCAAUCACCUGUGAUUGAUGACUGUUCCACGCCUUUUGGAGCACCAUUCGGUUUGAAUGUAGAUCUUCAGAAAAGCUUGUGCGACGCUAGUGUCUUCAGCUUCCGAAACGGCAUACAGUCGUUGACUCUUGCUCUGUACAAAUCACUUCAACAGUUGCCCAAUGUUCGUAUCAGAACAAACGAGCGCGUGGUCCAUAUUGAAUCAGGAGCACACAAAAUUCGAACUGAGAGCGAAAAAUCAACACAUUACGAUUGUGUUGUUGCUACAAUAGCAUUGAAACAACUAAUAAAACUCCUUCCGGAUCAGCAGGACUUUUCCAAUAUUGAGACCCCAGCUGCAACGGUCAUGGUAGUGACUCUUUGCUAUGGCAAAUCGCAGAUCAACAGCCCUUAUAGAGGCUUUGGGUAUCUUGUUCCUAGGUCAGUUCCGCUGCACUGGAAUCCGGAGAAGGCAUUGGGCAUCAUAUUUGAUUCCGAUGCAAUGCCUGGCCAAGAUAUUGGUCCCUCGACAGGCACAAAGAUCACAGUCAUUUUUGGCGGUCAUUGGUGGGUUGGGAAGAGUGAAAGCCAACUACCAAGUGAAAGGCAAGGCAUUUCCAUGGCUCAAUCAGUACUGCAACGACACUUGCAUAUAACAGAGGACCCAGUUCUCGCGUUGGCGAAACUAAGUAUCGACGUCAUACCUCAAUACACCGUUGGCCACUGCGAGAGGAUGAGUGAUCUUCACAGUUGUCUCCUCGACCAUUUCCACGGGCGACUGCGCGUGGCUGGGAAUUCUUAUAGAGGUAUUGGUGUACAUGAUUGUAUAUUCUCGGCAAAGGAGCUUGUGGAAAACUUGGGUACGCAGCACUUGACUGGGCUGGAAUGCUUUCAUGCAAGAAGCACCAAAUAA